AUGCCUUCCCAGGACAAGGCGAUGCUCAACAACCUCGAAAUGCUUUCGCUCCAGGUUUCCAAAUUGACCCAACGGGUCAUCCAGCUAUCCGAGACGCCUGGGCCAUCUUCGUCUCGACGGACUUCCAUCAGUAGCGAUGGCACCAGUCUUCGAAGCAUCGACGCAGCUGAGGGAGACCUCGACAAUGACAUCUUCGAUCCAAGCGAGGAGGCCUACAAGGCAAUCCUCGAGGAAACCGAUUUCUUCUAUCAGAUGUUCGAAUCGUUCAUUCUGAGCUCCGGAAGAACGGCCCUGGUCACGCGAUCGAGGAGCGUCCAGGCCUAUGCUGCAGCCUUUAUUGACGCAGCAAAGAACGACAUUCCCGAUUUUGCGGAGGCGUCGCGUGCUGAAGGUCUCAUCCUUCAAAUUGCGACCCUCAGCCAGGACCAUGCGAUCGAUCUUUAUAUUUCCCUCAGCAAGAAAUACAAGGCCGACAAGUCCAAGGGCAAGAAGAAGGCAGUCAAGACUAUUACAACCAGCUUUCAGACCAAUUUUGAUGGAGACAUUCAGUCGACUGAGGAACUCAGCCCUCAAAAGCGAUCUCGAAGUAUUCUGAAGACUCCAUCUAAGGCUUCCCGCAGUCGUGUGGUUCUGAGCGACUCUGAAUCCGAUGGUGGCAUUGGCGAGGAAGCUGAUUCCAACUGACUUCACAUCAAGGGAACAGCCUGGGCGCUUGGUAUCGACCAUGUUUUUGUCGUCGAGCGGCACUAUUCUGUUCUGUUUCUAUACUGGUGCGAGUCUCAUACGGGGUUGAGGAUGUCAGACGGAGAUGUGGACCACAAUAACGCUACCAGCAAGAGGAGUGAUCAUUCCCUUUUGCCGUAGCGGGAUUGCGACAGAG